AUGCAACGGGUCUCGAGCUUUCUCCCUUCCUGGGACGCCAGGAGGAGAAGCAACGCCAGCACAACGAGCAACGGCCGAAGCAGCAUCGUCACCGCAAACGGCAUCAGGUCCCCCCUCGAAAAGGUCUUCCGCUGGUCUAGCAAGCCUCCCGCACCACUCACAACCGCCGCCCUCGCCUCGGCCACCUCACGUAUUGGCCGGGAGGCUUUCUGGCCCGCCACGCUCGAUGCCGAAUGCGAUCGCUCUGCUCGCAUACUGAAGUCGUUUUGCUCCGACGGCUUCCUGGCACCGUUGGAUGACCUGCCCAACACCGACGCCAACGCCGAACCUAAAACACCUGCAAGAAUCUUCAAAAAGAUACCUUCUCGGAUAAUUCAAAAUGCCGCCGGCAUCGCCGUUUUCACCUGUAUGCGAUCUGGUCUGUGGAUGACCGGAUCGGGCGGCUCGGGCAUUCUCAUCGCCCGCAAAGCUGACGGCACCUGGUCACCACCCUCCGGCAUUCUCUUGCACACCCCUUCACUAAGCUUUAUUAUGGGCAUUGACAUUUACGACUGUGUCCUGGUAAUCAACAACAUCGCCGCUCUUGAAGCACUAAUCACUAAACCGACUGUUACCUUGGGAGAGGAUAUUGGUCUGACUGCCGGACCGCUGGUGGCACUGGAAUCAACAGAAUCGGACAACAAGUGGAAGGAUCUCGACAACACCGUCCUCACGUACAUGAAGGCGAGAGGACAAACCCAGAACGUCAACUUGAACGGCUGUAUCCUGACCGAGCGAGGAAACGAAAACGAGAGGUUCUAUGGCGCCAACGUGACGGCCAUGGACAUUGUCGCAGGAAAUGUGUCGAGGCAUGUGGAGGAGACACGCCCGCUAUUUGAGGUUAUCAAGGAAGCCGAGGGAAGGAUCGACGCCGACCAGGCCAUUCUGAAGAAGCUAUCAGCGCUGCCGGCACCCGGAGACGCAAUGAUCGAGACGCCAAGGAGCUCGCCGGCAUCGCCGAAAACUCCCUUCGGUAUUCCCCUCGCAGACGAUCCGGACCCCUUUGGCGUUCUUGCUUUGGAAAUGGCGGGUUUGGAGAUUCGCGAGGCCGGUACACGCCUUCGCCCUACGAGUAGCCAGUUCGAGUUCCAUCCGGCUCCCACAAGCCCGGCCUUUUCACGAUUCCGGCAGAGCGGGGAGACGUUCACGACAAAGAGCAACCGAGGCAGUCUCAUGUCAACGAAGACGAGUCGCACCAAAAUGUCCGAAGCGUGGACACAAACAAACGCGACGGGCACGCCAGACACCUCGCCGAGUCAAAGUCAGAACCAGAGCGAGGACGGUGCCUCCAUCAGUAGCCUUCCUGUUCUGAUGGAACCGGAAGAGCCGGAGGAAGUGGACUACACCAAGAUUGAUUUCACUCCGCUGAGGCAGAUCAGCGGCAGCCACUCGAUUGAGGGAACCGUCAUGACGGACAGCGACGACCACUUGCGAACCGGCAUGAGCACCAUGGACGACGCAGCCACCAAGGCCUCCAGCGUUUACACCAAGGACGAUUCCAUCGACUCAUCCUCCAUUCGAAGCGGCUCAGACAGGAUCCCGUCGAUUACGGAGACGGCGCCAGCUUUGUCUGACGACGAGAAGUUGGAGAGAACCGACUCUACAUUGAUUGAGAAGACACAGCACGAAGAUGAUGUGUCUGCUCCCCAGACACCUACGACCCACGAGCUAGAGCGGGCGACGCCUCUGGCGCCUGGAGCCUUCCCGGAUGAAGGAGAUUUCCUGACUCCUCUCGGCACUCCACUGAAAGAAAUUUCGAGCAUUGAGUCGAGGCAUACCGCCCCGAAAGCAGUCAACGUUGCAUGA